AUGCCAUCGCUGUCUCGAUUAUCAGCGAUUACUUUGUCGGUGAUAGCCGGCGGUGCAUAUUAUUCUCGAUUAGAAAAAUGGUUGUUUGGUUCGGAAAAUGAUGCACUGGGAAGCAUGUUUCUUUUGAAUGCUGCGAAAUGUGCAGAAAUCAGUACAUCUUUUUCAUUUCCUUGCGCACAUCCUUCUCCACAAAAUAAAUGGGAUCACAACUGGGAUAAUCGAGAACCUAAGUACAUGGUGAAUCCUACAGAAUAUGAAGAAGCUGAUCCAGUCAGCCGUCAAAAUAUGUUAAAUGAGGCAACGCCAACUUCGAAGCGAAAUAUUAUUCUCAUACGACACGGACAGUAUUUUACGGACCACAAUGAUAAAAAUUAUCUCAGCUUGACUCCUUUAGGGCAAGAACAAGCGAAGUAUGUGGGUCAACGCUUGGCUAAUAGUGGUUUAAAGUUCGACAGUUUGGUAAUGUCGACAAUGACGAGAGCGGAGGAAACGGCUAAAAUAAUUCUAAGUGAGCUACCACCGACUUCAACAGAAAGCGAUCCGUUAUUGGAAGAAGGAGCACCUUUCCCACCAGAACCACCUAGCAAACAUUGGCGUCCUAAGCACAAAGUAAUUAUUUUUAUUGCUUCAAAAAAUUAAAGUCAACAUACGCUAUUGGGACUCACGAAAAGCGGUUACAUACGAGUUAUGUAGUUAAGAGCGUAUCCAUUUCUUAGUCUUAGGAUUCUCAUAUUUACACAAUUUCAUGCAUAUUUUUAAACUAGUAGCGAAACUAAUGAAAGCUCUCGAAAACUAGGUAACUACGAGAUUGUUAAUGAGGUUAUGCAAUUAUUUGGUUUUUGCAUUAGCUAAUUUUUUGGUUAACUGUUUCUUUCUUUGAAUUUUGCAACGGAGGGAUCGCGGAUUGAGGCAGCUUUCCGGAAGUACAUACAUCGUGCUAGUUGGAAACAAAAAAACGAUAGUUGGGAGUUGAUUGUAUGUCACGGAAAUGUGAUACGGUAUUUCGUGUGCAGAGCUCUGCAAUUUCCUCCCGAAGGUUGGCUGCGAAUGUCAGUUGGUCAUUGUUCGAUAACUUGGCUGGUUAUAUAUCCGAAUGGUUUUGUAUCUGUGAGAUCCCUUGGCGAUAUCGGUCAUUUGUCCAGUGGAAAGGUUUCUUUCUAGGUUGUAGCCGUUAAACAUUAACUGUCUUUGUUCACUUCCGUAACUAGUGUGUGGUUAAUCUGUCACUGAUACAAUGGACUUAAUCACACUUAAAGUUCAUUGGGAUUAAUGCGGCAAUUUGGAUCUUUUAAAUUUAGAUUUUGUCUCGGUGACAGUUUAUAAUCCAAGUUUCAUUCUAUUUAAGCGAUCCAGGAAAUACAGAUUUUAAUUAUAUCAUUUUCGUCAUAAAUAUAUCUCAUAUGGUGUGGUCGUAAUUAUGGACAUAUCAAACCGAAACUUACCUGCACCAUUUUUUCUUUGGAUUCAUGGCUCUCAUCUGCUUGGCCAAUGCUUAGUUUUAUGUGUUAUUUUCAAGGUUAGCGAUUUCAUAUUAUUAAAUAUCAGAUGGAUAUAAUAUCCCGCGCUAUUCCUUAGUUUUCCAUGUUCUUGUUAGAAGAAAAACGCUGUGGUUUCCUUUUAGUUACGAUAUGUGUGAUUUAUUUAGUGACUCUUUUACUUUUGACUGUUAUUUUGUUAUUUGUACAUGUCGUAGCUGCGGUGGUAGUAAACAUAAUUUAGUUGUUUUUGGGAAUUAUUGUAUUGAUUUUAGAUUGUUUCAUGUGCAAACUGUUUUGCGCUGUCAAAUUCCUUGUUUAAAUUUGCUGUUCAAAUAAAUUCUCAUAAUGCAGAA